CCCAAACUACAAAGGACGUCUUUGUCAUUCCACCCCACCAACAAAUUUCUUCAAUUUUAAUCAUCAAAAUUAAAAUCUUCCAUUUUUUUUGUUUGCCUUCUUCCUUGUAUUUCGCUUCAUCUCCUCCGAUCCAUCUUCAACCUCCAUUCAAGGUGGAUGUUGAUUGUGAGCUGGUUUAUGGAUUGUGAAUUGUGACAUUUUUGGUGUUUUUAGGGUCUGAAUUUGGGAUGGGACUAUCAUUAUCGAUCUCGAAACGCUGGAAUUCAAGUUGUUUGCAUAAGCUGGAUUUCCAUUUAUGCCCAAUUGGAGUGUUUGGUUCAUUGUAAGAACCCUUGUAAGAAAGAAUAUAUGGCAACAAAAGGAGCCUUCCCAAUUAAAGUGGAUAGUAAUUUACACGGUUUUGCACGCGUGUUAAAAUCAGCCGCGUGUGAGUGGUUGUUGCUGUUUCUCUUACUACUUGAUGCAGCAUUUUCAUAUUUCCUUACAAAAUUUGCUCAGUAUUGUGAGCUACAGUUGCCUUGCAUAUUAUGUUCUAGGCUUGAUCAUAUCUUAGGAAAAGAAAAUCCGGAAUUCUAUAUAAAUCUUCUUUGUAAAAACCACAAAUCAGAGAUAUCAUCUUUAGUUUCUUGUCAUAACCAUGGCAAACUUGUCGAUGUUCAUGGAAUGUGUGAAGAAUGUCUUUUGUCGUUUGCAAAGAACGAGUCAAGUGAAGAAACAUACAAAAUCUUGGUGGGUAAAUUAGGAUCAGAGUGUAUUCAGAAACCACUAGUAAAUUUGGAUUCUGGUUCUGGUUCUUCUUUGACUACAAAGUUCUGUUCUUGUUGUUCUAAGCCGUGGAGAUCUAGACCAAAUGUGCAGAAGUUUGUCCGGUCAAAACUACCAUCAACACCUAUUUCUAAUCCUGAGAUUUCCCUACCAAAUAGUCAAGAGGGGUUGAAGAACAGAAGGGAUAGGUUUUCUGUGUCAACUAAACCUCUCAUUAUAGGAAGUACAGAUUUUGAUUCCUUGUCUCAUGUGGGGUACACUGAAGUAAAGAUCAGUUCAGAUUCUGACUCGGAUUUCCCGUUUUCCGAUGAUGAGGAACUGAUCACUGUGCCUCAAACUCGGAAAAAGGACGAAUUUCUAUCACGAUCCGGUUCCAACUUCACCCCGAAGAAUCAGUAUGAUUUUGUUUUGCCACCCGUCCAACGUCAGAAAUCAACUCCUGUCACUAGCAAUCUUAUGUUUCCGUAUCUUGAACCUGAAAAAGGCGAAACAACAACUCCAAGGUUUCUUGUAUCUGAUGGUGAUUUAAGGCAGAAGGGAAUUGGAGAGCUAAAUUGGCAACAGCUUAUCAAGAAAACAAGUCCUGUAACACCUGAGCUAGUUAUGCUUGAUGAUAUUCCUCUAUCAUCUAGUGCUCCAAAGGUUUCACCAGCUGUUUCAGCAGAUGAGGGUGACAGAGUUUCACUCUCGAAGAAUUUGGAUGUUUCUGGUUAUUCAGAUUUUAUUUCUCAUAAAACUGCUUCACCAUUCGAAAACAUGCAAUUGUCUGCUAGAUUAUCAAAAGAGAACUGUAUUGAAACUAAGGUAAAUGGUGACAAGGGACACAGUUCUGCCAUGAAUAAUUGGGAAUCUAUUGAUCUGCAUAGCACCUCAACUGUUUCUUCUAUAAAGAAAGAUGUUGCAUUUGUGCUCAAUAGUAGUUAUGUCAUUGAUGCAAGAGAACUUACCCCUGUCCCUGUUAAGGGCGUUAAAGCUUCAUGCCUUUUGUCAGAAGAAAUCGAUAUAAGAGCUUGCAAUGGUAUUGAAUCAGGUGAGGAAUUGUCUGUUUCAAAAGUAUCAGACCCACAAACAGAUUCAUCAUCAAGCAAUAGUAGUUCUUCCAUUGGUGCAACAGAACUUACCCCUGUCACUAUUAAGGACGUUAAAGCUACAUGCCUUUUGUCUGAAGAAAUAGGCGUAAGAGCAUGCAGUAGUAUUGGAUCAAUUGGAUCAGGUGAGGAAUCAUCGGUUUCAAAAGUAUCAGAUCCACGAACGGAUUCAUUUUCAAGCAAUAGUAGUUAUGCCAUUGGUGCAAAGGAACUUACGCCUGUCACUAUUAAGGACGUUAAAGCUACAUGCCUUUUGUCAGAAGAAAUUGGCGUAAGAGAAUGCAGUGGUAUUGGAUCAGGUGAAGAAUCAUCUGUUUCAAAAGUAUCAGAUUCAUUUUCAAGCAAUAGUAGUUAUGCCAUUGGUGCAACAGAACCUACCCCUGUCACUGUUAAGGGCGUUAAAGCUUCACGCCUUUUGUCAGAAGAAAUUGGCGUAAGAGAAUGCAGUGGUAUUGGAUCAGGUGAAGAAUUGUCUGUUUCAAAAGUAUCAGACUCACAAACAGAUUCAUCAUCAAGCAAUAUGUAUCCUUCGAUGAAUGGUCACUCAGAUGAGCCACAGAAGACUGAAAGUUCUAGUUCUAAUGAAUCCCUGAUGCCUCCAAAAUCACCAAGUAUGGAGAGGUCUCAGUCCCUUGAAUCUCUAGAAGAAAGUGUAAGUGUAAGUGAAAUUGAAGGUGAAAGUCUUGUUGACAAGUUGAGAAGACAGGUUGAUUAUGACAAGAAAUGCAUCAAAAACUUGCACAAGGAGCUAGAAGAAGAGAGAAAUGCACAGAGUAUAGAGAGGUCUCAAUCUCUAGAAGAAAGUGUAAGUGAAAUUGAAGGUGAAAGUCUUGUUAACAAGUUGAGACGGCAGGCUGAUUUUGAUAAGAAAUGCAUCAGAAAUUUGCACAAGGAGCUAGAAGAAGAGAGAAAUGCACCACGUAUAGAGAGGUCUCAAUCCCUUGAAUUUGUAGAAGAAAGUGUAAGUGAAAUUGAAGGUCAAAGUCUUGUCGACAAGUUGAGACGGCAGGCUGAAUUUGAUAAGAAAUGCAUCAAAAAUUUGCACAAGGAGCUAGAAGAAGAGAGAAAUGCAGAAUUUGUAGAAGAAAGUGUAAGUGAAAUUGAAGGUGAAAGUCUUGUUGACAAGUUGAGACGGCAGGUUGAUUAUGAUAAGAAAUGCAUUAAAAACUUGCACAAGGAGCUAGAAGAAGAGAGAAAUGCACCAAAUAUAGAGAGGUCUCAAUCCCUUGAAUUUCUUGAAGAAAGUGUUAGUGAAAUUGAAGGUGAAAGUCUUGUUGAUAAAUUGAGACGGCAAGUUGAUUAUGACAAGAAAUGCAUCAACAAUUUGCACAAGGAGCUAGAAGAAGAGAGAAAUGCAGCUGCAAUUGCUGCAAAUCAAGCUAUGGCAAUGAUAACUAAGUUGCAAGAAGAUAAGGCGGCACUUAACAUGGAGGCUCUUCAAUAUCUGAGGAUGAUGGAAGAACAAGCAGAGUACGAUGUGGAUGCCCUAGAAAAGGCUAAUGACAUGAUUGCUGAAAAGGAGAAAGAAAUACAGGAAUUGGAGGCAGAGCUUGACUUUUUUAGAAUAAAGUAUCCUGAAGAUUUUCCGGAAAUGAACGAGGAUGUUUCGUCUACAGAGGAUGCACAAGGUUCUGAAAGUAUUGUAAAUGAGAGGUCGUAGGAUUGAAUAUGGUUUUGCACUGCACAUCCUUGAAUGUCCUACAACAUCUCAAAGCUUGCAGGAUUUGCGCUGGAAGCGAAAGGACAAAAGGAUUGAAUGCAUCAGCCUGUGGUGAGUGAUUUCAAGAGAGGAGAGGCCAUGCUAACUUUCAGCAGCUGCUUAGAUGUUAUCAUGAAGAAAGUUUUUAUUAAGGUAUCUGCUCAAUACUUCUAUAAAAAAAAUGAUCAGUGAAGUCUGCCAAAAUGUGUGCAUCCCUCAUUUUUUGCCCAGGGUGCAUCUCUUGUAGAUAUUCUCAGAACUGGAUGAUUAUUGAUUAGUAUGUAUAUCGGUGUGCGUGCGCUUAUAUGAUAUGUUUUCAAUUGUUUUCUAGAGGUUGAAUCCAAUCAGCCAACCCUGCACCUGGUUGCAUCUGAACUAUGUAAAGCUUUUGAUCCCCAGUUGAGUUGAUUUGAUUUUUCUUGUAAUCCUCACAGCUUAGGAAUACCACUGUUUUUGCAACUACAGACAUACUUGGUGUCUUAUGAUUCU